AGUCAGUAUUGAAUUCGAUUUUCAAGAAAACAGACGUUCUAAAAAUUUCGGUAUCUAGCUGUGUGUUUCGUGUUCUCCCAGCUCGUUAAAAACAUAUACAUAUAGCUUUUUAAAUACUCUUAUAAGCAUUUUGAACAAACAUUUAUCAGAUCUCCUGAAGUUUAAAAUAUUGUUAUUCGCAAUUGAAAAGAACACAUCAAGUAUAGAAAACAAGAAAUAAAACUCCUGAAAAGUGAAAUCUGUAGAGCAGUUGAAGAUCUUUAGUCGCAAUAGAUUUUCUUAAGUGUGCCAUCGCGAUGGCUGCACCAGCAGCCUGUACGCGUUUUUCGGACAAUUACGACAUCAAAGAAGAGUUGGGAAAAGGAGCAUUCUCAAUUGUGAAAAGAUGUGUCCAAAAGUCAACUGGCUUUGAAUUUGCUGCAAAAAUUAUCAAUACAAAAAAAUUAACUGCCAGAGACUUUCAAAAACUGGAACGUGAAGCAAGGAUCUGCAGAAAGUUACACCAUCCCAACAUAGUGCGGCUACAUGACAGUAUACAGGAGGAGAACUAUCACUACCUUGUUUUUGACCUUGUAACCGGUGGUGAACUUUUUGAAGAUAUCGUUGCACGCGAAUUUUAUUCAGAAGCUGAUGCAUCACAUUGUAUUCAACAAAUAUUGGAAUCGGUCAAUCACUGCCACCAAAAUGGUGUGGUGCACCGAGAUCUGAAACCAGAGAAUUUACUAUUAGCUAGUAAGGCUAAGGGUGCAGCAGUGAAACUCGCUGACUUUGGUCUAGCCAUUGAAGUUCAAGGCGAUCAUCAGGCUUGGUUUGGAUUUGCCGGCACACCAGGAUAUCUGUCUCCUGAGGUAUUGAAAAAGGAGCCCUAUGGGAAAUCGGUAGACAUAUGGGCAUGUGGAGUUAUUCUUUACAUACUUCUUGUCGGUUAUCCACCCUUUUGGGAUGAAGAUCAGCACCGACUGUACUCGCAGAUAAAAGCGGGAGCUUAUGAUUAUCCGUCUCCAGAAUGGGAUACGGUUACUCCAGAAGCUAAAAAUCUUAUUAAUCAAAUGCUAACCGUUAAUCCAAAUAAACGAAUAACUGCAGCUGAGGCUUUAAAACAUCCGUGGAUUUGUCAACGCGAACGUGUGGCUUCCGUUGUGCAUCGCCAAGAAACCGUAGACUGUCUCAAGAAAUUUAAUGCGCGGCGCAAGCUAAAGGGAGCCAUACUUACGACAAUGUUGGCGACCAGAAAUUUUUCGAGCAGAAGUAUGAUAACUAAAAAAGGUGAAGGAUCACAGGUCAAAGAAUCAACCGAUUCAUCUAGCACUACUCUUGAAGACGAUGACAUAAAAGAAGAUAAAAAAGGAACCGUUGAUCGCAGUACUACAGUCGUAUCAAAAGAGCCUGAAGAUAUAAGGAUACUGUGUCCUGCAAAAACUUAUCAGCAAAAUAUAGGAAACUCGCAGUGCUCUUCAGCUAGACGACAAGAAAUAAUAAAGAUAACUGAGCAGUUGAUUGAAGCAAUUAACAGUGGCGACUUUGAUGGAUACACCAAAAUAUGUGAUCCGCAUCUAACUGCCUUUGAGCCGGAAGCACUGGGUAACCUUGUAGAAGGAAUUGAUUUUCAUAAAUUUUAUUUUGAAAAUGUUCUUGGUAAAAACUGCAAAGCUAUAAACACAACCAUUUUAAAUCCUCAUGUGCACUUACUUGGUGAAGAAGCCGCUUGCAUUGCCUAUGUGAGACUUACGCAGUACAUUGAUAAGCAAGGACAUGCACAUACCCAUCAGUCCGAGGAGACGCGAGUCUGGCACAAACGCGAUAACAAAUGGCAGAAUGUUCAUUUUCAUCGAAGUGCAUCUGCCAAAAUAAGCGGAGCAACUACAUUCGAUUUUAUACCCCAAAAAUAGUGGGCAUUAAUCAAUGGAAUAUAAACUGUCAUUAUGCACAUGUUAAUGAAAGUGCUACAUUUAUGUUUAGAGAACGCAAUAGUUUAUUGCGAAUAAAGAUGCUAGUGCAAAUUUUAUUAAUUUAUUUACCUUUUGAAAUAAAACUAUCUAAAGCAUAUAUCACAUUUUAGAUAUCUCAUUGAACCACAUUUACUUGAGAAAUUAAAGUAGCAAACACAAAUAUAAAGAUCAAUCACAAAUAUUUGUUGUAAGUGUCGUGGUACCAAUUGUAAGCUUAAACGUUCUCAACGGAAGAAUCAAGUUUAUUAUUUAACUAUUAUUAUUAUUAUUAAAAUAAAAUUGACAACUUUGUAUCUAUUGGAACAUCUAAAAUAAAUUCCAAUAACUUUAUUGACGUCUCAAAACAAUUGCAAACAAUUUAGAACCCUUGAGUUAUCUACUAGGAUACGAAUAUCAUUUGGUUUGCAAAGUCCGCUUAUUCUCGUUCUUAAAAUAAAUACACACAUAUAAAGUUUAAUAAAACGUGUGAGUACAUGCGUUUACAAAUUACUGAAGUUAGCACUAUCAAUAUAUGUAACUGUAAAGCAUUAGGUUAUUACAAUGAAACAUAUACCAUUUGGAAAAAUUAAGUACGUUUAAAAGAAAAAAGGAACGAAAAUUAGCUAACUGAAAUAUAAAUCUAAGUCCCAAUAAUUGAAAUUAUGCGACUACUUCGAAUUACUUAUAUUUACAUAAAUAUACUUAGGCAUUUUAUCCAAGUUAAAAAAUACUUUCUGUAUUUCACCGUACAUAUUUCUUUCUGAUGUUGAACAAACUUUUUAUAUUUUAUGUUUUAAUAGAAAUAUAACUUUGUUCUUAUUAUUUGAAAAGAUGUCCAAGGCUUAAAAAGUAAUCCUUUUUUUGUUCAUAGAAUUUUAAAUUCCCUUUUGUUCUAGAAAUUGAUUGCUUGUCUUAAAAAAAUGCAUGAGGGGAGCCAAAGAAUUAUGUUUAAUUAGUAUCAUAGUUGAAAAUAUAAAUUCAAUCCAAUAUCCAUGUACCAAAAGUAAUUCCAAUCAAUCCAUUGUUAAGCUAACAGACGUAACAUAAUCAACGGAGUUGGUAUCAGUAUAUUAACUUGAUCUUUUCCAAUAGAUGCCGAAUAGCUUUUUGAUUUUUUACAACUAUAACAAUGCUAACCGUGUUGACACCGAUUAAAAAUGUAACCGAUAAAAAAUUUUAAAUAUCUUCGAAGAAUUUUUAAAGAUAAUAAUAAAAAGAAUUCUUGGGACGCUAAUGCACAAACAGCAGGAAAAAUACCUAUAUCUGUCAAUAGAAACAUUAAGUAUAAUUACAAAGGUUAUUGUGUUUCGCUUUAUAUUGUGUUUACACCUUAUGGGCAAAUAGCUAAUUUAAACAAUGCGAUAUGAUAAACAUAACAAAAAUUAUAUUUCUUUUUUACUAAAUGAAUAAUUUUGUGGUAUGAGCAUAACUGCGAAAAUAACUUGUAACUUAACUUAAUCAUUGUGAAAUGAUUAUACAUUUUACCUGAUAGUACAUGUUAAAAAAAAACUUGGACUUAAACACAUUUAAAAAGUUUGCCAGAUAUAUUUUAAAGUAAAAAAGAUUAUACUACGGUCUACAAUAAGUUGAACUUUAGUUGCAUCCCACGGUUUUCCAUAAUUACUCAUCAAUUCCUUUACCAAUGCUUGCAGAGUACUUGAUUCUUUUUGUCUAAUACUAUUGGUCUAUAUACAGUUGCUUAAAUUCAAUUUUUAGGACCUAAAUGUCUUCACAAAUCAAUUUUAAUAAUAAUUACACGAUAACAAUUAUACGAACAAGCUUUGGAUACAUUAUAUUGAUCGAAAAGCUUUCGCUCCUAAGGUAAAAGCCUAUAAAAUAAUAACCGAAAAUAAUUUAUGUUUCUCAAAGUAUAUCCAAAUAAUUAUAAUAAAUUUUUUUGUUAGUGGAUGUCCUUUAUAUUUUGAGGGAAUUCAAAGCAUAAUGCAAUUUU